GCAAAUAAUUGGCCAUUCAUUCCUACACAACGGCCCUUGUUUAAAUGGACUAAGUAAAGCUGUUGUACAUGUGUUGGGUGGUGGAAUGCCUGAAAUGGCCUCUAUUGAUAUCACAGACUGCUGUGAUGUCGAUGUCAGGGAGGCAGUUGAACUGUUGAAAGGGUCUACUGAGCUGACAGCAGAUCAGAAGCGGUCCAUACAGAGCGUGACAACAGGAUGGGAUCUUCCUGUUGCCACUGAAGAAAACAGGAGAUGGCUGACUGAGAAAAUUCUUUUUCAUGCUGUACUUUCCAGGUCAAAAACUCAAAUAAAACAACUACGAAAAGGACUCAAAGCAACAGGUGUUUUGGAUCUGGUAACACAAAGACCAGACACAAUGCAGUUGUUGUUUCCAAGAAGCUGUGCUGAGUUGCACUCACCACAACUACUUCUGGAACGCAUAAUUUGGCCAGCGGAGUCAGACAGUGAUGACGACACUGAUGACCCGAGUUUGGAUGAAAAGUGCCGCAUCACUGGAUAUCUGAGAAAAUACAUCGAAAAUGCAUCCUCACAAUGUCUGCAGGAGCUUCUGAAGUUCUGGCAUGGAUGGGAAGUUCCUCCAAAUAAUCUUUAUGUAGAGGUUGUACGUGGACAAAUGCCACAAUCGAGUACGUGUAUGGAGACUCUUAGGCUGCCGUCACACUAUACGAAAUAUGAAGAUUUUUGUGAGGCUCUUAACGCCGCAUGUUUCUCUUAA